AAAGCGCUUGCGUCAAUGUUUCAGAAGGCCCGUGACUAGCUACCGUGCUAAUCCAACAUUCUGAACGUGUCAAAGAUUUUCAUAAUUAAUGACCUUCUGAUAGCGGUUUUUAUCACUUUGUACGUGACCUAACUCGGGGUCGGUCCGAUUCACACCCACAAUGUCCUUCCCCCCUCAUUUAAACCGGCCGCUGUUGCCCCCACCAGGGAUGCCCCCUCAGUUUGCUGGCUUUCCCUCAGGAACCCCAAUGAUCCCAGUUCACGUGGGCAUCAUGACCUCCACCCCUACUGUAAUGGUACCGUCUGUGUCGGUGGUCAGUAAGCCUGCAGUCCCUAAGAAGGACCUUGCUGCUGUGCGAGUCAAAGACAGCGAUGAGAGCGGCCCCACUACCACAGUGUUCGUGGGGAACAUAUCAGAGAAAGCCUCAGACAUGCUGAUCAGACAGCUGCUGGCGAAAUGUGGAAUUGUUCUUAGCUGGAAAAGAGUCCAGGGAGCCUCUGGCAAGCUUCAAGCCUUUGGUUUUUGUGAGUAUAAGGAGCCAGAGUCCACGUUGCGAUCACUGCGCCUGCUUCAUGACCUGCAAAUUGGAGACAAAAAUCUGUUGGUGAAGGUAGAUGCGAAGACUAAAGCUCAGCUGGAUGAGUGGAAGGCCAAGAAGAAAACUGCGAAUGGGAAUAAGAAGGCUGAAGAAGGAGGAGAUGAUGAGGAAGAGGUUCUAGAUGAGGAGACAAAGAAGAAGGAUCAGAUCAUCAAAGGUGCUAUCGAUGGACUGAUGCGGGAAUAUGCUGCCGAACUCAACGCACCUUCACAGGAUGAAGACUCCCAGCGACGAAAGAGGAAAAAGGAGAAAAAAGAAGAGGACGACAUUAACACAAUUGAUAUGGAGGAGGACAAGAGAGACCUGAUUUCCAGAGAGAUUAGUAAAUUUCGUGACACUCACAAGAAACUAGAAGAAGAGAAGGACAAGAGGGAGAAGGAGCGGUUGGAGUUUGAACGGGAACGGAGGGAGCGGGAAAAAGAGCGAGAGCGGGAAAGAGAGCGACGGGACCGCGAGAGGGAGAAGGAGCGAGAGAGGGAGCGGGAGAGGGAAAGAGAGCGAGAACGGGAGAGAGACAAAGACCGCGACCGCAGGACCAGAGAAAGAGACCGAGACCGAGACCGAGACUGGGAGAGGGACAGAAGCCGUGACAGGAGCACCGAGCGCAGCCGAUCCAGAGAGAUGAGUCGAGACCGAGACAGAGAGAAAAAACGAGACCAAGAGGAUGAGGAGGAGGCGUAUGAACGCAGGAAGCUGGAGAGGAAACUCAGAGACAAGGAGGCAGCCUAUCAGGAGCGUCUAAAAAACUGGGAGCUCAGGGAGAGGAAGAAGGCUCGGGAUUACAGCAAGGAGUCCGAGAGGGAAGACGAGCGCCGCCGAGAAAUGGUGAAAGAGGGCAAACGGCUGAAAGAGUUUCUUGAAGACUAUGAUGAUGACAGAGAUGACCCCAAGUACUACAGGGGCAGUGCGCUGCAGAAGCGUCUCAGAGACCGAGAGAAGGAGAUGGAGGCGGACGAGCGUGACAGGAAGAGAGAGAAGGAGGAGCUGGAGGAGAUCAGACAGAGGCUGUUAGACGAGGGACAUCCAAAUCCAGACGCAGAGCUACGCAGGAUGGAGGAGGAAGAGGAGGAGCGUCUGAGACAACCUCCCAUCAUCCAGGAGCCGGAGCCUGAGGAGGAACGGGAACGCCACAGGCGUUCACGAGACCACCGGGGCCGACGACAGGACCAGGACAGACCAGAGGCCCGCUCACGGCCCGCCCACUCAGACGACGAGGUGGAGGAGGGAGAGGAAGACGAUUAUGAGAAUGACGAAGAUAACCCUGACACAAAACCGUGCUUGAAGCCCACAAUGCGGCCCAUCACAGCAGCACCCUCAGUGUCGUCGGCCAGCGGCAACGUGUCCCCCAAUACGCCCGGAGACGAGUCACCCAGCGGCAUCAUCAUCCCCCACGAAAACUCUCCCCCUGAGGCCCUGCCGCAGGAGGAACACCGGCCGAAGAUCGGCCUCAGUCUCAAACUGGGCGCCACAGGAAGCCCCAGUCAACCCAACGCAGGCAAGAGGAAGAAGCUGCCAGUGGACAGCGUCUUCGACAAGUUUGAUGACGAAGAGGCUGACGAACAGCCCCGCAAGAGGAAGCUCGUGCCUCUGGAUUACGACGAUGACAAAAGCCUUGGGGUGGACGGAGCCGGGCUCUCCAGCAUCAAGGGAGGCAACACCGAGGAGAAACGGAAACACAUCAAGAGUCUGAUAGAGAAGAUUCCCACAGCGAAGCCUGAGCUGUUCUCCUACCCGCUGGACUGGUCUAUGGUUGACACGACGUUAAUGGAACGACGUGUUCGGCCCUGGAUCAAUAAAAAGAUCAUUGAGUACAUCGGAGAGGAAGAGCCAACGUUAGUGGACUUUGUCUGCUCCAAGGUGAUGGCUCACAGUAUGCCACAGAGUAUCUUGGAUGAUGUUGCCAUGGUUCUGGAUGAAGAAGCUGAAGUCUUCAUAGUGAAGAUGUGGAGGUUACUCAUUUAUGAAACUGAAGCCAAGAAGAUCGGACUGGUGAAAUAAGCAAAACAAACCACUGACAGAAAGUUUUUUUUUUUCUUCGUACAUCAUGUUGAAUAGUGUAGCGCAAUCAUGUCACCCCUAACAAAGUGACUUGUUCACACCAGUGCAGACUGUAACUGCAGAGUCUGCUCAUUCUCACAUUUGCACCAGUUGUUCAGGUCACAUUAGUCAACUAUGUUCACCUCCCCUCUCUGUUUGCAGGUGCUGACUGUGUCGGUGUGCUUUUGUGUAAAUACAGUACGCCAUUAUUUGACUAUGAUGAAAUAAUUCUGAGAGGAAACUGCUGACAGAUACCCAGGACCAUUGCUGUGUUGCCAGAUAAGGCGUCUUGGUCCUGUACUUUUGUUUGUAUACAUGCCAACACACACUUUGUGGAAGGAGGCGCUGCAGGAUUUCAGUUAGCCAGUUUUGUGAACUUAAUUGUAAGCCUCUGAAGGUGUGAAAUCUGGCUUGCAGUUCAAUGAGGGUUAAGUGGACACAGAUUUUAAGUGUAUGCGUAACUACAAGGAUGUGCUAUUUUUUUUUUUUACAGGUUAUUUAUUCAGGGUUUUGGACACAACUCCUCUUAUUUCUGUCGAGUUGCUGCAUCUUCCUUUCUCAUCACAUUCCUGAUGAACGAUUUGGCAUGUUCUCAUCCUUGGACCAUCUCAAAAAGCACCGAGUUGUCAUUUGAAAUGUGUCUACACAGAAUAUCUUGGGUGGUGACAUCCCCGCAGCUGUAAAAGCACACACACGUCGUAACCACUAUAGGAACACAAGCUGAGAAUGGGGGAAAAAAAUAUGAUUUGAAGUUGUGAGAAUGCUCUCCAUUUGUUUUUGUAUUGGUGAACAUUUGAAUAAAAUUGAUUUUUAUAACA